UCCAUUACGGCCACAAUGGAAUGAUCAUGUCAGGUAAAGGAUCCAGCAAUGGCUGCUGAUCUGGGAGGAAAAGAACACCCCGGCUGUGAUACCGGCAACAACAACCAAAGUCCCAGACGUGAUGACAUCCUCGCUGCGUCCACGCUGCCCUUUGGCUGGAGCAGAGAGGUCCGGCAGCGGAAAGCAGGCAAGACAGCGGGCAAAGUGGACAUCUACAUUACAAGUCCCGGAGGGCAGAGGUUCCGCUCCAGAGCGUCCCUGCUCGCCUUCCUCCUCAAGGAUGGAGAAGGGAGCGUAGACAUGAAACUCUUUGGUUUCACCGCAUCCAAGGACGACGUGGCCCCCCCGUCACAGGCCUCCAAAGGGAAACGCAGGGGGAGACAGAAAAGACACUCAAAUGGACAACAGGGGACAGCGGAGGAGCCGCCUCCUCCAAAUGAACCCGAGAGAACCGCCUCCUCCCCCAGGAGGGAUGCUGAAGACGGAGGAGCCGUUCCUCCCACUGCGCAGGAGGAGGAGGAGGAGGGAGUGGGACCGCGGGAGACUCCUCAGCGGGGCGGUCGGCUGAGGGCCAAGCUGCAUGGGCCCCCCCCCUACGGUGAGCGACAAGACCCUCCCGAAGCUCAGAUGGACGAGGAGGCCGACUCGAGGCCCUCCGUCCCGGCGCUGAGGGGUGACCCCCCCGCUCAAGGCGAGGACGGGCGAGGGACCGAUCCUGAGCCGGAGGUCGGAGGUCAUCGGGGUGAGGGAAAGGAGGGGCUGUCACCCGCCACCCCUGGGGGGAGUCGCACACCGAGGAGUAAGUCCAAAGUUGACAAACGGAAAACCAGCCCCUACUUCAGCAGGAAGCCCUUCAGAGAAGGCCUCAGCCCCCCCAGGAGGAAGGCCUUCAGGAAGUGGACGCCGCCUCGCUCGCCCUACAACCUCGUGCAGGAGACCCUCUUCCACGACCCCUGGAGGCUCCUCGUGGCCACCAUUUUUCUCAACAAGACCAGUGGCAAGAUGGCCAUACCGGUGCUGUGGCAGUUCUUUGAGCGUUACCCGUCUGCAGAGGCGACCCGCCGGGCCGACUGGAGGCCCCUCUGUGACCUCAUGAAGCCACUCGGCCUGAACGAGCUGAGGGCCAAGACGCUCGUGCGCUUCUCUGACGAGUACGUGAGCAAACCGUGGCGCUACCCCGCCGAGCUGCACGGCAUCGGGAAGUACGGCAACGACUCGUUCAGGAUCUUCUGCGUGGAGGAGUGGAGAGAGGUGAAACCGGAAGAUCACAUGUUGAACAAAUACCACGCCUGGCUGUGGGAGAACCACGGGACACUCGGAAUGUGACAAGACCACAAUCAAAAACUCGUUACUUUGGUUUUAAGAUGAAGCCGAUACGUAAAACUCCCUUUAAAAUCAUGCUGUGAUCUCACUGCUUCCUUUAACUUUCUCAUGUGUAAUAAACUGUUUUAAGUGCU